AUGUAUCGAUGCCGCUCCGCGCACAAACUUCUCGAGCUUGACGCGGCGUUCCACCUCUUCGCGCCGCCCUGCCGCACCGUCGUGGACCUCGCGGCGGCGCCCGGCGGGUUUGCGGAGGUGGCGCUGCAGCAAAUGGCCCGUGCGGCCGCCGGCUCCGCGGCGGGCCUGCGCCCCGUGGUGGUUGCCUUCGACCAGCGCCCGAUGGAGCCCAUGCAGGGGCUGCUGCCCGUCCUGUGCGACAUCAACGACCACGCACGUGUCAUGGCGCACACGUCCAGUCUCUUACGGCGGCUGCAGGCCGCAGACGGCGGCCCAAGGAGAGACGUGCACGCCGUUCUGCAUGACGGGGUCUCGGUUGUGAAGGCACAGUCAUCGUUUUCCGUGACGUAUGGCCAAAAUCAAAUGGCGCUCGGGGCGCUGCGACUAGCCUGCUCCUUUUUUGCCUUGCCUGCGCACACCACACCGGCACGGCCCCUCGCACGCAAGGGCGACAAGGCCCGUUGA